CUAGAGGCUGAGGCCGUGUUUCGGGCCAUCACCAUUGCUGGCCGCAUCAACUGCCCGGUGUACAUCACGAAAGUGAUGAGCAAGAGUGCAGCGGACAUCAUCACCCUGGCCAGGAAGAAAGGCCCCCUGGUGUUUGGCGAGCCCAUCGCUGCCAGCCUGGGGACCGAUGGCACCCACUACUGGAGUAAGAACUGGGCCAAGGCAGCAGCAUUUGUGACCUCCCCUCCCCUGAGCCCAGACCCCACCACGCCUGACUACUUGACCUCCCUGCUGGCCUGUGGGGACCUGCAGGUCACGGGCAGCGGCCACUGUCCCUACAGCACUGCCCAGAAGGCGGUGGGCAAGGACAACUUCACUCUGAUCCCUGAGGGCGUCAACGGGAUUGAGGAGCGGAUGACUGUUGUCUGGGACAAGGCAGUGGCUACGGGCAAAAUGGAUGAGAACCAGUUUGUUGCUAUUACCAGCACCAAUGCAGCCAAGAUCUUUAACCUGUACCCCAGGAAAGGGCGGAUUGCCGUGGGCUCGGAUGCCGAUGUGGUCAUCUGGGACCCCGACAAGGUGAAGACCAUAACAGCCAAGAGUCACAAGUCGGCUGUGGAAUACAACAUCUUCGAGGGCAUGGAGUGCCACGGCUCCCCGCUGGUGGUCAUCAGCCAGGGCAAGAUCGUCUUCGAGGACGGCAACAUUAACGUCAACAAGGGCGUGGGCCACUUCAUCCCCCGGAAGCCUUUCCCCGAGUACCUCUACCAGCGCGUCAGGAUCAGGAGCAAGGUUUCGGGAUUGCAAGGUGUUCCCAGAGGCAUGUACGACGGUCCCGUGUACGAGGUGCCAGCCACACCCAAAUAUGCGACUCCUGCUCCUUCUGCCAAGUCCUCGCCUUCCAAACACCAGCCCCCGCCCAUCAGAAACCUCCACCAGUCCAACUUCAGUUUAUCAGGUGCCCAGAUAGAUGACAACAAUCCCCGGCGCACCGGCCACCGCAUCGUGGCGCCCCCUGGUGGCCGCUCCAACAUCACCAGUCUCGGCUGAAGGCGGACGAGUGGACAGAUGAGCUAGCGUGAAGCGUUCUAGGAAUGUCCAUUCCUUUCCCUGUCAGGGAUUGAGAAAUCCGCAGUUUUAUUUGGUACUGAUGGGGGGAAAAAUUGAAUGAUGUUCUUUCCUCUCUUGUUUAGGAAGAAGUGGUACUAGUGUGGUGUGUUUGCUUGGAAACUCCUUGCCCCACAGUUGUGUGUUCAUGCCGACUCCACCUCAGAGCAUGGGUCUCCAUUUCCCUCCUUAGUGAACGCAGGUUCUAGCAUCGUCUUGUACUGUCCCUCCCACUUCUGACUCCACGGGCUCCAUGAAUCUCUGGGUGGUUCCUUUCGCACCCUUGUAGCUGCUCUAGGAUAGUUGAUGCAUGUUACUAAAUUAUGUGUGCAAGUCUGUGAGUGCAUCUGACGGAACAUCGCCAAGGACCAAUGUAGACACAAUGCCGAGACCUCAAGCCCUCAGGGGCAAUUCCAAAACUCUUUACCGCGAGGAUGUUUACUCAUUGCCCCCACCCCAAGUCCACGCUAGAAAGAAGCCUGCCCCACUCCUCCCCACCCCACCCCCCUUGAAAACCUUCUGUGAAUUCUCAGAGAGGCAGGGGAGCCUUCCAGUGUUUGCAGAGAAACAUCAUCCACGUCCUGUGUCAGAAACUCUGGUCUCCGUGGCACUUGUGACUCGCCAUGCUGUCUUCUGGUCUGUGUGUGUCCUUCCAGCCAGCUCCGACUUCAGGCCUAACCAGGUUCACACUCAGAAAGGGGGCUCCCCACCCCCAUCAGGGCUGACGAUGGUCGGGCAACAGCUGCUCCCCGUUGCCCCGCUCCUGGUCCCUUCGAGGUGUUUGACGGGGCAGUCAGAUUUUUAAAGUUUUGUACAAAGUUUUCCUUUGUAAUCACCCCCCAUUUUUACUUACCAACUGACUUAUUGUGGCUCUUAUUUCUGAAUUCAAAGCUUGUGAAAAAAUAAAGAAAAGAAACAGCCUGCUG